AGUGCACAGCGUCUUGCACCGAAAUCAGAGUGAGGGUGAUAUUGAUACAGACGUCCUGGAAGAGAGAGGCAAUGGCGAGAGACAUAGACGAUCUGCCGAAGAACAAGGCAAACUUCUCAGCUCUCACGCCGAUAUGGUUCCUGGAGCGGGCUGCGACGAUUCACCCGAACCGGCUAUCACUGAUCCAUGGCUCGGUCACCUUCACUUGGCUUGAAACUCACCAGCGAUGUCUCCGGUUGGCCUCCGCUCUCUCCAAGCGCUCCAUCGGCGUUGGUAGCACGGUUGCAGUGAUUGCGCCGAAUGUGCCUGCCAUGUAUGAAGCUCAUUUCGGAGUUCCCAUGACCGGAGCUGUCAUAAAUUGUGUUAAUAUACGUCUAAAUGCGCCGACGAUUGCAUUUCUUCUCGAGCAUUCAUCUUCUGCCGUGGUAAUGGUGGACCAAGAAUCCUUUCCGUUGGCUGAGGAAGCUCUGCAGAUAAUAGCGGAGAGGAGUGAGAAAGACUAUAAGCCUCCACUUCUGAUCGUCAUAGCCGAUGGAAGCUGUGACCGUGGAAAACUCGAACACGCUUUGGCAAAAGGGGCAAUUGAGUACGAGGAAUUUUUGGAGACCGGCGAUCUGGAAUUUGCCUGGACACCACCGGAAGAUGAGUGGCAGAGCAUUAGCCUUGGCUAUACUUCCGGCACGACCGCCAGUCCGAAGGGAGGUUUAAGCCAUCGAGGCGCGUACCUGAUGUGCAUAAAUUGCCCUCUUGUCUGGGGGAUGAAUGAAGGAGCCAUCUACUUGUGGACUUUGCCGAUGUUUCACUGUGAUGGCUGGUGUUUCACCUGGUCGCUGGCAGCUUUGUGUGGAACCAGCAUAUGCCUUAGACAGGUAACAGCGAAGGCAAUUUACUUGGCCAUCGCCGAACAUGGAGUGACUCACUUCUGCUCUGCGCCCGUGGUUUUGAACACCAUCGUCAACGCAGCACCUGAAGAAACCAUUCUCCCUCUCCCUCACACCGUCCACGUAAUGACCGCCGGUGCUGCCCCGCCCCCUUCCGUUCUUCAAGGGAUGUCCCAAAAAGGCUUCCGGGUCACGCACGUAUAUGGCCUCUCGGAAAUAUCCGGUCCUUCCACGAUCUGCGCAUGGAAGCCCGAGUGGGAUUCGCUGUCGCCGGAACAUCAAGCCCGCCUCCAUGCACGCCAGGGCGUUCGUAGCACCGUGCUCGAAGGUCUCGACAUCGUGAGCACUCCCGACAUGAAACCUGUCCCCGCCGACGGUAAAACCAUCGGAGAGAUCGUGAUGCGGGGCAACACGGUCAUGAAAGGCUACUUAAAAAACCCGAUAGCCAAUGAGGAGGCCUUUGCCGGGGGGUGGUUCCACACCGGGGAUCUCGGCGUGAAACAUCCGGACGGAUACAUCGAGAUCAAGGACAGGUUAAAGGACAUCAUCAUCUCCGGAGGCGAAAACAUAAGUAGCGUGGAGAUCGAGAAUACGCUGUACACUCAUCCGGCGAUUCUGGAGGCGUCCGUGGUGGCGAGGCCCGAUAGCCGAUGGGGAGAGUCUCCUUGCGCGUGGGUGACGCUUAAGUCGGGAGUGGACGCGUCCGACGAGCGGCGGUUAGCGAAUGACAUAAUGAAGUAUUGCCGGGAGAAGAUGCCGGGUUAUUGGAUCCCCAAGUCCGUCGUCUUCGGGCCGUUGCCGAAGACGGCGACGGGGAAGAUACAGAAGAACUUGCUGAGGGCCAAGGCGAAGGAAAUGGAACCUGUCAGCUACGUCAAGUCGUGAUUGGCACCGUGGCCGAGAUGGGUCUGAUCUCAAAGAGCAAAUCAAAAGGUUGAAAUAACCGUUAACAUGCGAAGCUGAUCAAGGCACCAACGUUGCAAUGACGGGCUGUGGAGUUGGUGGUCUACUCUAACUGCCUUUGAACAGAACUAGACCUCUAUCUAUUUUGUACUCUUGAAGAAUAAAAUAAAUAAAUAAAAAAUUAUUUGCAGUUGGUCAA